UCCGCACGGCACUUAUUAAAUUGCUUCAUCUUUGCAGCCGGUCGAUCUCUCUCUCUCGCUGGCUGCCUCAAAAUCCCCCAUCCUCACAUAGUUCUUUUCAUAAGAUAGCAUGGAUUCUACGGUUAACGUUCCCAGAUGGAAACCAAAUCAAAGCCCUGCAGGUAACCCUCCUCAAAACAAGCCUACAGCAACACAAGUCAACGAGUUGGAGGUUCAAAGCAUUGCUUCUGAGGAAGAUGACAACUCGCUUAGAGUGGAAUCUGUCCGAUUCCCAUUUAACAUUAGCUUUGCUAGUGAUACUCAUGAUAGUCAUCAUCUUCCUUUUGCUUCUUCACCAUCUCUGAAAAAGAUUGAGAUGGAAGCAGCUACAACUGUUGUUGGGCUAAUAAAUGAUGAGAAACAGCUGCAAUUUUCAUCCAAGGACAGGAACAACGAUGGCAUUUUCUGCACAUGGAAGGACUUACGGGUUACAGUCGGUGAUGGAAAAAAUAGCCGCCGGGGAAUCCUGCAAGGGCUGACAGGGUAUGCUCAGCCGGGGGAGGUGUUGUGUGUGAUGGGACCUUCCGGCUGCGGCAAGUCCACUCUUCUGGAUGCGCUGGCAGGGAGAUUAAGUUCCAACACACAGCAAACUGGGGAGAUCCUAAUUAAUGGUCGGAAGGAGACACUUGCCUUCGGAACUUCGGCGUAUGUGACUCAAGAUGAUACUCUAAUGACAACAUUGACAGUAAGAGAAGCUGUGUACUAUUCGGCACAGCUUCAACUACCAGACUCCAUGUUAACAUCUGAGAAGAAAGAAAGAGCCGAGAUGACAAUCAGGGAGAUGGGUUUGCAAGACUCCGUCGACACUAGAAUCGGUGGGUGGAGCUCUAAAGGCCUUAGCGGUGGACAAAAGAGAAGAGUUAGCAUUUGCAUUGAAAUCUUAACUCGCCCAAAGCUUUUGUUUCUUGAUGAGCCAACCAGUGGACUAGACAGUGCAGCAUCUUACCAUGUAAUGAAACGUAUUCUAAGGCUUGCUAAGCAAGAUGGAAGAACUGUUAUUACUUCAAUUCAUCAACCUAGCAGUGAAGUUUUUGAGCUAUUCCACAAUCUUUGCCUCCUCUCUUAUGGCAAAACAGUCUACUUUGGUCCCGUUUCAAUGGCGGAACAGUUUUUUUCUUCGAAUGGCUUCCCUUGCCCUUCUCUUAGGAACCCAUCAGAUCACUACCUCAGGACCAUAAACAAGGACUUUGAAUUCGAUGCGGACAUUGAACAAGGAGAUGGUGGUUCCAUAAGCACAGAAGAAGCUAUUAACGUUCUUGUCAAAUCAUACCAAUCAUCAGAGAUUUUCAAGCAAGUUCAACAGCAAGUGGCUUAUAUUUGCGAAAGGAGAGGAGGAAUGCUAGAGAAGAAAGGAAGCCAGGCAAGCUUCAUUACUCAAUGCAUUGUUCUUACUAAGAGAUCAUUCGUGAACAUGUAUCGCGACCUAGGCUACUACUGGCUUCGCCUAGCAAUCUACAUUGCUUUGUGCUUAUGUGUAGGGACUAUCUUCCACGACAUUGGCCUCACGUAUGGUUCAAUCCAGGCAAGAGGCUCAAUGCUCAUGUUCGUCGCCGCGUUCUUGACUUUCAUGGCAAUUGGUGGAUUCCCUUCUUUUGUGGAGGAUAUGAAGAUUUUCGGACGAGAAAGAUUAAAUGGGCACUAUGGUGUUGGCGCAUUCGUUGUUGGCAACACAUUUUCUUCCAUUCCUUACCUGCUAAUAAUCUCUUUAAUCCCAGGAGCCAUAGCUUAUUACCUGGUUGGCCUGCAAAGGAGUUUUGAACACUUCGCCUACUUUGCACUGCUACUCUUUGCAUGCAUGAUGCUAGUUGAAAGCCUAAUGAUGACAGUUGCAAGUAUAGUGCCAGAUUUUCUGAUGGGUAUCAUCACAGGAGCUGGAAUUCAAGGAGUGAUGAUGCUAAAUGGAGGUUUCUUUCGCUUGCCUGACGAUCUUCCCAAGCCUUUUUGGAGGUACCCCAUGUACUACAUUGCAUUCCACAAGUAUGCAAAUCAAGGAUUCUACAAGAAUGAGUUUGAAGGAUUGACGUUUCCUAAUAAUCAAGCUGGAGGGUCGCCUACCAUUACUGGCGAAGAAAUCUUGCGAAACAUUUGGCAAGUGGAGAUGGGCUACUCGAAAUGGGUUGAUAUUGGUAUCUUGUUUGGGAUGGUGGUUGUUUAUCGGCUUAUGUUCUUGGGAAUCAUAAAAAUUGUUGAAAAAGUUAAGCCAAUCAUCAAAGCUGUUAUGUCUGUUCCUCCAGCACAAGUCAGCUCAGAUACUUGAGAAUUGAGAAUCCCUCUCCAUCACUUGAAGUUACGAAGAAUAUUUGAAAAUAACUCCAGAGAUCUAUAGGGUUGGUAAUUUAGGUUAGAGAAAUUCCCCAAGGUUGAUAAUUUUAUAAGGUUAAUUUUAUGUAUCGAUGUUGAAAUUAGCAGAUACUGAUAGCUAAUUGCCACAUCAAAUUUCAUAUGAUAGAGUAAAAACAUGAAAAAUUGUAGAGA